GUCAUAGGGGAAUGCAAUAUAUAUACUUCGGAUGCCAGAAAAGUGCACAGAUCUCAUUCUUUCUCCAUUCAUCUUGCUGUCUGCUUCAGCUCUUAGGGUCUCAAUAAAAUUCUGCCAAGAUGUCGGAAAAGAAGAUGUCAUCGAGUCGGAAGCAUCAUCUAAAGAGCUUGAUGCUCUCUAUCGCUAAAGAUAUAUUAGAACAGGAAGUAAAAGAUAGAGAAGAAGAGAGAAAGAGAUACAUGGUGGAGACCUGCCCACCUCUGUCUUUACCUGGAUCUAUGCAGGCAUUACAGGAACUAUGCAAGGAACUUCACCACAAGAUCGAUGUCAUAGAUGAGGAACGAUACGAUCUGGAAACAAAAGUGAACAAAUGUGCGAAAGAGAUCGAGGACUUGAACAUCAAGGUGAUCGACCUGAAGGGCAAGUUCAAGAAACCCGUACUGAGGAAAGUGCGAAUGUCCGCUGACCAGAUGCUCCAGGCUCUGCUCGGCUCUAAGCACAAAGUCUCUCUGGAUCUGAGAGCCAACCUGAAACAAGUCAAGAAGGAGGUCAAAGAGGAGGAUAAGGAACUGCGUGAUGUUGGUGACUGGCGUAAGAACAUCGAGGAUAAGUCUGGCAUGGACGGCAGGAAGAAGAUGUUUGAAUCCGAGGCUUAAAUCUUUUUAUUUCUUAAGUAAUUUUUUCUGCUUAGUGUAGUUACAAAACGUAGAUGUGUCUGUUCCUGAAAAAAGUCUAAGAAUAAAUGUGAUGAAAGGUAAAUCUGAUCUGUCAGUAUGAGCAAUCUCUACCAAUGUACCGCUGUCUUACACAAAUAAACAUUAAUAAACAUUUAA